UACCAACACUAGUGCAGUCGCGCGUCGUUCUUCUAAAGUGGCGCGUAAAUUGUUAAAUUGUUUAAAACAAAGUGCUUAAAAUAUUGCAAAACCAUUAAAUGGAAGGCAAAUCAAUAGUUAGCAGACAGGAGCCGGUGCUGCGCUUAGAUACAAAUGCGCGUCGCAAUUUUAUAAAAUUCCACAACAAACUCGGCGAGAAACCGAGCACAACGGUGCGAUUUUAUGAUCAAACCGAUUGCUAUACGGUGCACGGCAGCGAUGACUGCGAACAGGUGGCGAAAAUUGUUUACAAGUCAACGGCGUAUGUGCACAAGCUGCUGCCGGACGACAAACAGGAGACACUGCAGUUCGUUGCCAUGUCCAAGCCCAACUUUGAGCUGGCCGUGCGUGAGCUGCUGCUCGUGCGCAAUUUGCGUGUCGAGGUUUAUGUGAAGCGCGACGAAUGGCAGCUGGAAUAUCGCGGUUCGCCGGGCAAUCUGCUGCAGUUCGAGGACAUUCUGUUUGCCAAUAAGGAGGUGCUCGUGGGCAAUAGCAUUAUUUCGCUGCAGAUCAAACUGGAGGGCGGUGCACAACGGCGUGUGGGUGUGGCUGCUGUGGAGCAGAACGAUUGUCAAUUCCAAUUGUUCGAAUUUGUGGACGAUGAUUUCUUUACCGAACUGGAGGCCACUGUCGUGCUGCUGGGCCCCAAGGAAUGCCUUCUGCCAACAGCCGAUGGUGAAUAUGCCGCUGUAAAGGCCAUGCUGGAGCGUAAUGGUGUAAUGAUCACAGUGCCGAAGCGAGGCAGCGCUGCUGAGCGCAACGAUCUACUGCAGGACCUGAAUCGUCUGCUGCGCUUUGCCAAGGGCCAGCAGGAGGAUGCGAGCGGGCUGAAGGAGCUCCAAAUGCAACUAGCGGCCGAAGCACUGCGCGUGGCAAUCAAAUAUUUAGAUUUGGUCAACGAUGCCGGCAAUUUGGGGCACUACGAGCUCAAGCAAUUGGAUUUGAAGCGCUUCGUCCAUUUGGACUCCGCUGCUGUGGCCGCCCUUAACAUUAUGCCCAAGCCGGGCACACAUCCGUCCAUGCCCUCGUAUCGCUGGCAGAGCAUAUUGGGUGUCCUGGAUCAUUGUCGCACGCCGCAGGGUCAUCGUCUAAUGGCGCAGUGGGUGAAGCAGCCGCUGCGCAGCGCCGAGAUACUCAAUGAUCGGCACGACAUUGUGCAGUGUCUGCUGGAGUCGCCCGAGACGCUAGAUACGCUCAGUCUGGACUAUUUGAAGCGUAUACCAGAUAUUCUAAUGCUCACUAAAAAACUGAUGCGCCGCAAGGCGAAUUUGCAGGAUCUGUUUCGGAUUUAUCAAGUUAUAUUGCGCACACCGAAAAUCCUUCAAGUGCUGCUUAGCCUUGGGCACAGCACAGUACAGAGUGUGCUCUGUGCGCCCUUUAAGGGUUUUCUGGAAGAUCUGACGGGCCUCAAGCAAAUGGUCGAGCAGGUGGUCGACUUUGAGGCCAUUGAGAAGGGCGAGUAUUUGGUCAAGAGCACCUUCGAUGGUCGCCUCAUGGAUCUACAGCAGACCAUGACGGAGUUGUAUAACAAAAUGGAACGCAUUCGGGACAAAUGCAGCGAGGAACUUGAUCUGGAUGGCAAGCUGAUCAAGCUGGAAAACGUGGCCAAGUUGGGCUAUCAUUUGCGCACCACAAUCAAAGAUGAUUCGGUGCUGCGCAAGAACAAGAACUUUCGCAUUGUGGACGUGAUCAAGGGCGGUGUACGAUUCACCUCCGACAAGCUGGAAGGCUAUGCCGAUGAGUUCACCAGCUUGCGUGCGCGCUACGAGGAGCAACAGCAGUCAAUUGUCGAGGAGAUUAUCCAAGUGGCUGUGGGCUAUGCCGCCCCAUUAACUUCCUUGAACAAUGAGCUCGCCCAGCUGGAUUGUUUGGUCAGUUUUGCCGUAGCUGCACGAAGCGCUCCAACGCCUUACGUUCGCCCAAAGAUGCUGCCCGAGGGCGCCGGCCAGCUGCUGCUGGAGGAUGUGCGUCAUCCAUGUUUGGAGCUGCAAGAGCAUGUUAGCUUUAUAGCCAACAGUGUGGAGUUUGAGAAGGACAAAUGCAACAUGUUCAUCAUAACCGGUCCAAAUAUGGGCGGCAAGAGCACCUAUAUACGCUCUGUCGGCACAGCUGUUCUAAUGGCCCACGUUGGCGCCUUUGUGCCCUGCAGUCUGGCUAAGAUCAGCAUGGUUGACUCCAUACUGGGACGCGUUGGCGCCAGUGAUAAUAUCAUUAAGGGCCUCAGCACGUUUAUGGUGGAAAUGAUUGAAACUUCGGGCAUUAUCAGGACCGCAACGGACAAAUCGCUGGUGAUCAUCGACGAGCUGGGGCGUGGCACAUCCACGUACGAGGGCUGCGGCAUAGCUUGGUCCAUAGCCGAGCAUCUGGCCAAGGAAACGAAGUGCUUCACGCUCUUCGCCACGCACUUUCACGAGAUAACCAAGCUGGCGGAAACGUUGCCCACGGUGAAGAACUGUCACAUGGCGGCCGUGGCCGAUGAGGAUAAUUUUACGCUGCUCUAUCAGGUGCGACCUGGCGUCAUGGAGAAGAGCUUUGGCAUACAGGUGGCACGCCUGGCCAAUUUUCCCGAGCAGGUGGUGCAAAAUGCCCAAGAGGUGUACAACGAAUUCGAGGAUGAGCAUGCGGGCAAGCAAAACGAGGCGGAUAAAGCGCUGCUGGACAAGAUACAAGUGGCCAUCGAGCAGCUAUCGACGGCUGGCAACAACACGGAGAUCAAUGUGGAGGAUCUGACCCAGCUGGUGGCACAAUUCGCCAAGGAUAUUAAACAGCUGGACAGUGAUUAUUUCAAGACCGUAUUAACUAGCAGCAGCGAAACUUAGUUACAGGCCCAAGAAGCAAGCCAUUAGCUGUAAAAAAGAGAUUUUAGUUCUAUAUAGUAUUAUAUAUUAUAUACACACACAAGAGCCUUCCAUCCAUCAAGAGUCUUACAUUUAUUAUUUAAACAUUUAUUGGUCUUUUGUUUCUUAUUAGCUGUAAAAUUGUUUUCAUUUUCCUUACAUUUUGUGAAUAAGAUUUUUGUCUCAGUUUUAAACCGUUUCUGUUUUAAACACCAAAAUGUUUGCUGCACUAAUGCAUUGCGCUAAUGAAAUCAUAAAUUAUUUUCAUUAAUUUACUAUUUUUUUAAAUA